AUGGCAACGCCAACGCCAACCCCAACGCUAGAGUCAGCACCAACCGAGAUCCUCUGCGCAAUUGCAGGACUUCUGCGUCGGUCUUCGCUCUGCGCCCUUGCCAAAGUCAACAAGCGCCUGAACGGCAUAGCCAACAGAACACUCUACACGAAAGCAAUUGACAAAGGCCUGCCCGACAUCACUGUGCUUGCAGCCUUGAACGGAAACAUCCAUACACUCAAAACCGCUGCUGCCUUCGGGGCCGAUCUGAAUCGCCCCAACUGGGUCCGCCUCCCGUCUUGGGCGAGGUACAAGGACUAUGACGACGAUGAAUACUGGAGAUACGUUCCAAUGCACAAUGGCUAUGAUGAGGGUGAUGAUAGUGACGAGGACAACACCGACGUGGGCGGCCUUGAGGAGUACUAUGAGGACACGAGCGAGGACAGCGAGGACAACGACGACAGCGACGACAGCCAUGACGAUGAUGGUGAUGAAAAGGACAAGAACAACGAAGAGGAUAAUGGCGAGGGCGUCGAUGAAGAAUACGCAGAGCACGACGGCAGUGCCGACGGCGGCAGCGGCCGAGAAGAUGAGGACGAAGAAGACGAUGACGAAGAAGUCCAGGACGAAGAAGACGAGGAUAACGAAGAUCAAUACGAAGAAGAGGACAGCGAGGAAUGGGACGAGCAAUACAUCGAGGAAUACAGAGAGGAUGACGACGCAAAUCAAUACGAAGAAGAGGACAACGACGAAUGGGACGAGGAAGACCACGGCAUCGAGGAAUAUAGAGAGGAUGACGACGACGACGAUGGGAGCGAAGAGAAUUAUCAGAACGGUGACCACGAGAAGAAAGAGGACUGCAAGAAAAUGGCGGCCAAGAAGGGUCACGGCUGGGCUACCCCCCUCCAUGCAGCUGCAUCUGCGGGUCACGACUCCAUAGUCAAGUGGCUGGUUUCACACGGCGUCGACUUGAACUCCAAGGGCCAGCUUUUUUGCUCAUGUCAUUCGUUAGCCGAACUGGCAGUGCGGGAGGCCGAUGAGGAACUGGGCACCAUCGAUUUUGAUAUCAUACAAAUUGGUAUCUGGACGCCUCUCCACUAUGCCAUCUGUCGCGGUCAUGAAUCCAUCGCCUGUUACCUGGUCAAGUGCGGUGCUUCGAUGCACGUUCGCUACACGAGUUGGGACGAUGAAUUAUUCACGGACGAAUACCUCGGAGCCAGAAGCGACAGAAACCACCCACGACGCAAGAAAUGGAGAAUGAUGGCGAUACACAGCGCCGCCUCUUCGUGUCAGCAAGAACUUCUUCGGCAUUUUGUGGAUCUCGGCGUUGAUGUCAACACUCAGGAUGGCUGCGGUGCCAACAUUCUGCAUUACGCUAUCCAGGCCUCCAGUAUCAGUAUGGUCAAAUACUGUUUAUCUCUGGGAGUCGAUACCGAUACGAGCAUCAGCGUCAAGAUAUAUGAAGAGCACGAGGAUUCCAAGCAGUACGGAAGUGCAGCAUCCUGGACUCUUUCUCUUUGCCGGUCGGGCAAAUAUCUCGAUGCUGUGCUCCAGUCACUCGCAGACCACGGGGCCUCCUUCUGGAUGCGCAGAAGAUUCCAGGGACAAAUACAAAGAUUGAAGUCGAUGGUUGUGCUGACUGAUAUGGCUUACAUCGAAGAAGACGGCAUGAACUCGCGUCUUGCUACACGCCCCCUCAAUGGCUGGAUUCCUAAGUUCCUCCGAGGAGCCGUCGCCGAGUACCGCCCGGACGCCGACUUCAAGAACCUCAGGAAAGAGAUGAGGAGAUUCUUCUUUGCUGCGGUCCGCGACCCGACAAUUGGCCCAGACGUCCUCGACAUGAUUCUGGAUUCAUUUCCACAACUGGGCGUGAAGAAGCCUAUGCAUUGGAGCACACUCAUCGGUUGUCAUGAGGAAGCCAGUCAAUUCGGUGCUCUUGCCUUGAAAUGGAUCCUAUUUGAUGCAAGGAUUUGUCGGGGUCGGAAAACGAAAGAUAAGGAGUGCAACACAACGGCAAAAGUAAGAUGGCUCUUGCGCAACGGAGCGGAGACUAUCAGUAACCUUGAUGGCCACGACCGCUUCUUUGCGAUGCGGGAGUUUGUCUCCCGUCUCAAGCACGAGUGUGGCCCAUCACCAUUUGGAAGAAUCAUUCAUUCUGUGGAAAGUUUGAAUGACGUUGCAGAGAUUUUGGCACUUUUGGGGGAGCAUGGAGGUUGGAAUCUGGAACCUUUUGGGGAGAUGAAGGAGACGGCGAAGGAUUUUGUCGAGUUCUUCACGGUGCUGAAGCGCAAGAACGCGAACUGGGCGAAGAUCCUGAUUGAUCGCAUUGGAGUUCCCCCGGAGGUCUCGGAGUUGAUCGAUCAAGGGGAGGCAAACUGA